CUCGAGCGUACCAUACCACGCCGCAGUUUUCUCCAGCCCCGCGUGCCCGGGCUGCUGGCCACAGCCUGUGUGCACAAAGACGGGCCCGGCUCGCCCCCGAGAUCGGGAGCUGGCCCGCACAGGUAGGACCUUUGAGGUUUCUUCUUUACUCCCUUCCGUACUGAACAUUGUGGUCCUGUUAAGGAAAAUGAAUGUGAAUUAAACCUCUCCCCGUCUGUCUUCCCCCUUCCAUUAUGCUUUAACAGCUUGGACAACAAUUAGUUACCCUUUAACAGUUCUAGUCUUGUACAUUGCUCAGAACAAACUCCUUGGAAACUCUCCUUUGGCCAGGUCUAGGGUAGCAAAUUUUUACAAAAGAAAUCACAGCAUUGCCAAAUGUCAGUAAAACAUUCCAUAGGAAAAGGCUCGGCAGUGCUGUGUUGUAACCAUCUUGCUUGACCUCAACAACUGUGUGCAUUACAUUUCCAGGUGGCAGCAGUGCACAGAGAGAGCUACAGCUGGAGCUCAGCUGUUCUUUCAUGGUUGGCAUAUACAUUACACUUUUAGGACCCUCUUCUCUUUCUGCUGACUGGCGUCACCAUUGUGAUGAACUGGGGAUAAAGUAAAGCUAAGAUAACUUCAUUAUGAGACAAUCAUCCUUUUAGGAUUUGGUCAAGCCAAUCAUGGAUGCAAUCUUCAUGCCACUGCUGCAGUUGAUAGGACUUAAUCCAGCCAUUUUAAAUUGUGUAAUCUCAACUGGAAUAUAGCUGCCCUGAGAGUUGCCAUGUAGGAUUUGUGGGUUAAUGCCUGGGGACAGAAGAUGUAUCAAAACUCAUGCUGGAUGAACACCAGCAGUUCCUUUCACUUUGACUACUGGAAUAAGUUUGUACCUGGGUAUGCACAAGUCCAUGGAAGUGCAUGCUGUGGUAAUAGGAUGUGCAUAUAAAGGUACAUGUGGGUGUGAAUACAUGUCUAGGCAUAUCGUUAGUAGGAAGACUGGAAAUUUUAAAACUGUGUCUUGACUCUUAACAGUAUUUUACUGCUUAUCCUUCCAGCUUGUUAAACACCUUUUGUUUCUCCUGUAGGUGGCUUUUUAAUUCCUUAUCUCAUCAUGUUAAUUGUGGAAGGGAUGCCUUUGUUAUUCCUGGAGCUGUCAGUAGGACAGCACAUGCGUCAAGGGAGCAUUGGUGCAUGGAAAACAAUAAGUCCCUACCUCAGUGGAGUCGGUAGGUUUUUUUUCAUGCCAAGACACAGGGCUAUUUUUAACUCCCAGCUGAACACUGGUGAUUCUGAUAAAUUUUUGGAGCAGAAAAGUUGGUAUUUAUGAGAGUAUUAGAGGGCAUGUGUAGUAUGCAUUGACCAGGAAAAGGAGAUGAGAUUUUUGACUCAAAGAGAUGGAUAUUUGUUUUUUUUCCACCAGGGAACUGGGUUGUUAAAGUACCUGCAACGAACUUUAGUAUUGUUUAGAGUAUAGGUCAUGACCAUUAGAAUUUUUGGCCCACAAAUAACACCUAGAGGUAUUGAAAACCUAAGAAUAAUUUGCAAAUAUUAAAUAAUUAAGUUUCAAAACUCUCCUGCAAAGAAGAUAGAUAUUGCUAACCAGGGUUUCUAAAUGGUACCUUAAUGCAUAUUACUUGUCUGGUGUUUCAUAGCGGGUCAUGGCAGGACUAGAACCAAGGGCAUGGUCUUCCAGAAAGAGCAGUCACAGAGCAAUCUACAAGGAACUGACAGUGGCCAUCAAAUCUGAAAGAGUAUCUUGUUUCCUGUUGCAUUUUGUUCCUGUCAGAAUACAACUUUACAACCACCUCCUUCCGUGUCACUGUCGCAGGUUGUAAGAUGGUGAUGCAUAGCAAAGCUGCAAAUGACUUCUCCCAGCCUCUAUACCACCUUCUGUCUGAGGGUCAGAAGUACAUUACAAUCAUUAAUGACUUAAUGCCAGAGAGGGAUUGUCUCCAUUUUACAGAGGGAAGCUCAGAGGGUCAGAUGCUAUUCCUUAUCCCAGCCAGCUAGAGUUCCUGAAAAACUGCUAUUGCAAAAGAUGGGUGGAUCCUUCUCCUCUUCUUUCCUGUCUUUUGUGACUUGCACUGAAGCCUAAGAUGACAAUGUGUUGCAGAAGCUGAUCUACUAUCUCAGGGACUUGAGAAUGGAGCAAGAUAACAUUAAGGUGUUGCCAGUGUGGUGGUAUCAUUUUUCCUCUCCAUGUACUAUAAUGUUAUAAAUGCCUGGGCCUUCUGGUACCUGUUCCAUUCAUUCCAGAAUCCCUUGCCAUGGGCUGCUUGUCCACUGAACAGCAAUCACACUGGUUACAUUGAAGAAUGUGAGAAGGCAUCAUCUACUCAGUAUUUCUGGUACAGGAAAACCCUAAACAUUUCACCAUCCAUUGAGGAGAAUGGGAGUAUCCAGUGGGAGCAAGCCAUGUGCCUGAUCCUGGCUUGGCUGACAGUCUAUCUAUGUAUUCUAAGAGGAACAGAGUCUACAGGCAAGGUUGUUUACCUAACAGCUUCUUUGCCAUACCUUGUCCUCAUCAUCUACUUAAUUAAAGCGCUAACACUACAUGGAGCUGUGAAUGGGCUGGUUUAUAUGUUUACACCAAAGUUAGAGCAACUAGCAAACCCAAAAGCCUGGAUUAAUGCAGCUACUCAGAUUUUUUUCUCACUUGGUCUUGGUUUUGGAAGCCUGAUAGCUUUCGCCAGCUACAAUGAGCCAAACAACAAUUGUGAGAAACACGCCAUAAUUGUCUCUUUGAUAAACAGCACCACAUCAGUAUUUGCCAGUAUUGUGACAUUCUCCAUCUAUGGCUUUAAGGCAACAUUCAAUUAUGAAAACUGCCUGAACAAGGCGAUGCUACUGUUAACGAAUGCUUUCGAUCUGGAAGAAGGAUUUUUAACUGCAGACAAUCUCAACCAUAUGAAAGAGCAGCUCAUGGCUACCCACCCAAAUGAAUAUGUAGAAUUACUACCGCAGAUUAAAAACUGCAGUUUGGAAGCUGAACUAGACACGGCUGUCCAGGGAACCGGACUGGCAUUUAUAGUUUAUUCGGAAGCAAUCAAGAACAUGGAGGUGUCUCAGCUGUAUUCAGUGCUGUAUUUUUUUAUGCUUCUGAUGCUGGGCAUUGGCAGCAUGCUGGGAAACACUGCAGCUAUCCUCACUCCUUUGACUGAUAGCAAGUUCCUUUCCACCCACUUACCCAAAGAAGUCAUUUCAGGUAUUGUGUGUUUUAUCAACUGUAUUGUUGGCUUGACAUUCACCAUGGAAGCUGGGAACUACUGGUUUGACAUAUUCAAUGACUAUGCAGCUACCCUCUCUCUGCUGCUUAUUGUGCUGGUGGAAAUUAUUGCUGUUUGCUAUGUUUAUGGGCUAAGAAGAUUUGAAAAAGACCUUCAUCUGAUGAUUGGACACAAACUAAGUUGGUACUGGAAAAUCAUGUGGGCUUUUGCCAGCCCAUUGCUAAUUAUAAGCCUGUUUAUAUUUUACAUCACUGACUACAUCCUCACAGGAACGCUGCAGUACCAAGCCUGGGAUGCCACACAGGGUCAUCUGGUUACAAAAGAUUAUCCCAGCUACGCUCUGGCAGUUAUUGGACUGCUGGUGGCUUCAUCCACAAUGUGCAUACCACUAGGUGCACUUGCAAUUUUUAUCAAAAGGAGACUGAAGAGGGAACACAGAUCAACUGUUGCAUGAACAUUUAAAACUGGUUUGGUAAAAGGUUUACUACCAGAUACAAAAACUGUGCACUUCCUGGAGACCCCAGUAACCAUUAUUCUUAGCAAUUAUUUAUAGAUCAGCUGAACCUUGUCUGUUUUAUUUACCAAAACGCGCUGCUAGCAGCACCCACAGUGGUUUAAAAAAAAGUUUGUCUCUAGAAGCAGCAACUUUAAGAGCGUCUCUGACAUGUACACAAAGGGCAGCUCAUGACGUGCUCAUUAGUGUACGUUUGCCAACAUACUUGUUAACUGCAACUAAUGUUAGGCAAUUGUCUCACUCUGUAGUGCUACAUUCACCUUAUGAAAACAAGUUCUUAAGAAACUGGAAAACAUCUGAAUAGUUUGAAAGCCACUCUCUCCCAUGCAUACUAUUUUGAGGUAAUAUGUAGCUUGACCAUUCACAUUUUAUCAGCUAGAUUUCUAUUGAGGAAAAGGUUGCUAGCAAGUUUUUCCCAGAUAAAUAAUGCCAUCUUUCAAGAGUCAAUAUAAAAGCAAAACAGCUUAGUAAAGGGUUGGCAAACUUUUGCUGAUGCAGACCACCCAUUGCAACCUGGCCCUUUGCUGCAGGCCUCAAGUCUCACCCCCCCACCCCUAAGAGUGGCCCGCUGCCUGCAUUUAAUCUUGCUGCCAAUCCUCAGCCCUUCUGCAGCAAAAGUAAUCACACAUACAGCAGAGCAACAAGCUCUGCAGCAAGAGGGGAUGGGCAGCAUCUGUGCCAGAUUCCCUAAACCAGAUCAAACCAUUGCCAGCUGCAUCUGACCAGCAGGCCACAAGUUGCCAAGUCCUGGCUUAGGUUUAAGGAUUAGCUGUGUCAAUUCUCACAUUUCCAAAAAUAAAUACCUAAUUUUAGUAACUGUGUACUGCAUGCAUUUC